AUGAAGGGGAACCCACCCAACCCAUGGUUUCUUGUCGCGUUUCUUUCUCUCUUCCUUCAUCGCCAUCAACCAAUUCACUCGUUUUCUCAUUCCUUCGCUUCAAUCGCUCCCUACGCUCACACAGCCAGCUCCGACCGCACAACCGCAGGAAUGUUCACCAAGGCACUCCUCAUCGGCGCUCUGGCCGCGUUGGCUACCGCACAGAGCAGCGUACUCAGCUUCACUCGCGUCCCCAGCCCAAUCACUGCUGGCGAGCCUCAGGCACUGACGUACGCGACCAACGACACUGAGACCCCCGUUACCAUCAGACUGAGAAAGGGUCCUUCUGGCAAUCUCGACACUAUCGCGACCCUCUCAUCGUCUGUGAUGGGAGGCCAGUACAUCUGGACCCCAUCCGACAGUCUGACCAACGGCAAUGACUACGCGCUCGAGAUCUCCCAGAACGGCCAGGUCAACUACUUCGGACCCUUCCAGCUUCAGGGCGCUUCUGGCACUGGCUCUGGAUCUUCUUCCUCCUCCUCUAGCUCUUCCAUGUCUGGCUCCAGCUCGAGCGCCGCAAUGCCUAGCUCAUACAGCACCAGCAGCGCUGAAGCCAUGAACUCCACCAUGACUACGUCCUCGCACAUGAUGAUGGGAACCGGAAAUGCCAUGCCUCACAUGAACAGCACCAACGCCACCAUGACCUCCGCUACCCUCAGCUCAACACGCACGUCGCCUAGCAAGCCCACCAACACAGACGAUCUCUCCACGGGAGGAAGCGGCACCGGCUCGGAUGCCCCCGCCAACACUGGAGCUGCCGCCAUGCUCGGUUCCAGCGCCAUUGCCCUGACCUUCGGUGCUGCCGUUGCCGUGCUAAUGGGUUGA